CUAAUGAAAAUGAUGAAACUAAUACAACUGUUCUAUCUAAUAAUUCUGCCACCUGCACACAGCACUUGAGUGAAAGUGAUGAGGGCAAACUCUAUAUUAUUGAUGGAGUAAUUCAGGCAGUCUAUGAGGGUGUUACUGUUGAUCUUAAGACAAAUGAUAUUCUUGACAUCAUUAAAAAGUGGCAAAAACAUAAGAAGGUGAAGAAUUCGUUUAUACUAUAUCAUAAUCAUGCACUUGUAGCCCAAAAACUAGAAUAUAAGAGAAAAAUGUUCCAUGAUGGCAGCUUUCAAUUUUAUGUUAGUGCAUUUGCAAGCAAAACCUGGAAGGAGAAAACUGAAUCUGCUAAAAAAGCAAUAAAAGUUCUUACAGCUAAAAUCAAUGGGUAUAUAGAGUUGAAUCACACUUUAGGGGUGUAA